AUGGAAAGCCAAAAUUUUUCCAUGGUGACUGAGUUUAUUUUACUGGGACUCACAGAUCUCCGUGAGUUACAGAUUUUCUUUUUCCCAUUUUUUUCUGUUAUCUAUAUAGCCAUUGUAUUAGGUAACCUUACCAUUAUUUUGGUAGUGAAACUGGAUCCUCAAUUGCAUUCUCCCAUGUACUUUUUACUGGCCAAUCUUUCUUUUAUUGAUAUGUCUCUGGCUUCCUUUGCUACUCCUAAAAUGAUCUGUAACUUAAUCAGUGAAAAUAAGGCUAUCUCCUAUGACGGUUGUAUGGCCCAAAUGUUUUUUCUUCACCUUUUAGGUGGAAGUGAGAUGAUGUUACUUGUAUCCAUGGCUAUUGACAGAUAUAUAGCUAUAUGUAAACCUCUCCAUUACAAAAAUAUUAUGACUCAUCGUGUUUGCAUUGUUCUCGCACUUCUCUCCUGGACUGCUGGUUUGGUGCACACUACAAGUCAAAUGGUUUUCACAGCAACGUUACCAUUUUGUGGUCCCAAUGUUGUGGAUAGUUUUUUUUGUGAUUUGCCUCGGGUUAUCAAGCUUUCCUGCUCUGACACGUACAUCUUGGAGUUCUUAAUCAUUGCAUUCAGUGGAGUGCUCUCUUUGUUCUGUUUCAUAUUUCUUUUCAUCUCCUACAGCGUCAUUCUUAUUACUGUCCAGCAUCGCUCCUCCAGUGGAUCUUCCAAGGCUUUGUCCACUCUUUCAGCCCACAUUACAGUGGUGGUACUAUUCUUUGGACCUUGCAUCUUUAUUUAUGUAUGGCCGUUCAGCAGUAUCUCUAUAGAUAAAAUACUCUCGGUAUUUUAUACAAUUUUUACUCCUCUUUUAAAUCCAAUUAUCUAUACAUUCAGGAAUAAAGACAUGAAGAAAGCAAUAAGAAAAAUAAAGACCAAAUUUGUGAAUUCCAGUUCGACUUUUUGA